GGAGUUGAAUAUUCUGGCUUCCUCUGGGAUACAACAGCUGGCAUUGAACUGAAAGAUGCUUCGUCUCAGGAGAUGGCACAGACUAAUGGCAAUGGGAAGAACUCUUAUCCUCGCCCUUAUCUUGCACAUUUCAAGGUUGGGAUGAAUGAUCUAACACUGGUUAACCUUCAUCUGGCCUUGCCACCCUCAGCAGGAGAGAAUACCGGCAAGAACCACGACAGCCACAAACUGGCAGCCUUUGCACAGACUUUGCAGGAGACUCUGAAAGGAGAAAAAGACGUGAUCAUCCUCGGAGAUUUUAACCAGGCCCCAGACAGCAGCGACCACGACAUCCUGAGGAAGGAGAAGUUCCAUCAUCUAGUCCCUGCCAGCACCUUCACCAACAUCAGCACAAAGAACCCACAAGGGUCCAAGUCGCUGGAUAACAUCUGGAUCAGUCGGAGCUUGAAAAAGGUUUUCACAGGCCACUGGGCUGUUGUGCGAGAAGGUCUUACGAACCCGUGGAUCCCCGAUAACUGGUCGUGGGGUGGGGUGGCUUCAGACCACUGCCCCGUACUCGCUGAAUUUUACUUGGAAAAGGACUGGAACAGGAAGGAGGUGACACGGAAUGGGAACGGGGUGAUGGUUGAACGCAACGACUCUCACACAAAGCACGAACGAUGA